GCGCUUCCCUUCCUCCUCGCAGACUUCUCCAGUUGCUCCCCUCCGGCCGCCGCACGGAGAAGCAGAAGCCAUGCUGCCCGCCGCCGCGCGCGCCCGCCGGCUCCUCGCGUCCCCGGCGACCUCCGGGAUCCCUGGCGUACUCUCGGGCCCUCGCCUCGGGUGCGCAUCAGGCGCCCUCCUGCACCGUCUCGAUGGCGUCCCCGCCUCGCCGUCCUCUCCGCAUCAUGCCAGGGAUUUCUCCUCCUGCUUCGUCUCCCAAUCACCCGGUAAAGUGUUAUUGCCAACCAUGACUUCUCAGUGGCGAAGUGAAAAAUCAGUGCACUAUCACAUGGCAACGGCUCACUUCUCAACAGAAUCCAGUGACAUUGAUCACCCUACAGAAGCUGUAGAGGAGCUGUACCAAAAAAUGUUGAAAUCUGUUGAAGCCGAGACUAUGCCUCCAAAUGCGUGGUUGUGGUCAAUGAUCAGCAGCUGCUCCAAUAAGGAGGACAUCAAACUUCUUUCUCAGAUUUUGCAGAAGCUAAGAGUAUUUAGACUAUCAAAUCUUCGCAUCAGUGCAAACUUCAAUGACCAUCUCUGUAUGAAAGUGACUGAAGCUUGUGCUCGUGUAGGCGCCCUCGACUAUGGGCUGAAGGCUUUAUGGAAGCAUAAUGUUUAUGGAAUAACACCAACCAUUGGUUCUGCUCAUUAUCUACUGCAACAUGCUAAAGAGCACAAUGAUACUAAACUAAUGGAAAGCAUAAUGCAAGUCCUUAGGAGAAAUUCCUUGCCAUUGCAACCAGGCACUGCUGAUAUAGUUUUCAGCAUCUGCUAUAACGCUGAUAGAUGGGAUUUACUCUCAAAAUACGCUGAAAGAUUUGUUAAUGCUGGCGUCAAGCUGCAUCGUACUGCAUUUGACAUUUGGAUGGAAUUUGCUGCCAAAGUUGGAGACUCUCAAGCUAUUUGGAAUAUAAAUAGUCUAAGAGGCAAGUCUGUCAAAUACUAUACUCUUGCAACAGGUUUUGCAUGCGCAAAGGGUUUUCUGGUUGAACACAAGCCGGAAUGUGCCGCUGCCAUUAUUAAACUCCUUAACAAGCAUUUGCCUGAUCAGAAGAAACCAUUUGUCAAGGAUGAACUCCAGAAGUUGAUUGCUGAAUGGCCUACAGAGGUGAUAAGAAGGCAGAAGAAAGAUGAUAGGAAGGCGAUGGAGGAAGCUUUGAUCAAGGACAUCCCAACAAUGGUCAAUUGCCUGACAAAGUCAGGCCUCGAUAUUCCUGUGGAUUUGGACAAGCUUACCCCUCAGCUCCAAGCAGCUUAGUAAAGAAGAUGCACGGCUUGCCGGACGAUGUAACAGCCGAAAUACCUGAUACCCGAGGAACGGCUUUUUGGCAAACCAAGAUCAGCGCCCAACCAUUUUGAUCCGAUAUGUUUAACUUGGCACGGGUAGAGCUAGCCUCUCCGAUAAUAACAUGUGUAUGCCGGCGCGCGCCACACGGCGCGCUCUAUUGUGAUAGCGACUUAUGACCUUGAUUCCUUUGUUGAAUCAACGGUUCAAAGCUUUUUUAUUUUUUGGCUGGAAACCUGCAGUUAACUCAUUCA